AUGGCCGACCAAACCCAGGAUGCCCAGGCACAGAUCCUGGAGCUUCAAAAGCAGAUUGAGCAGCUCAAGGCCCAGGGGCCCCAGAAGAGCCCUUACGAUGUCUAUCAGACGUCUCUCACGAGCCGCUACUGCAGUGCAGAGAUGACCAAGCUCUUCAGCCAGAGGUCGAGGCACUCUCUCUGGCGCAAGCUCUGGCUGAGCCUUGCCGAGGCUGAGUACGAGCUGGGCGUCGAUGCCAUUACACCUCAGGCCCUGGACGAGAUGAGGGCUCACCUGACCGUGACCGACGAUGAUUUCGAGGCGGCCCGUGUCGAGGAGAAGAUCAGACGUCAUGAUGUCAUGGCCCACGUCCACGCCUUUGGCCUUGUUGCCCCGGCUGCCGCCGGCGUCAUUCACUACGGCGCCACCUCUUGCUAUGUCACUGACAAUGCAGAGCUCAUCAUGAUGCGCGACGCCCUCGACAUGUUGACCAAGAGGCUGUCCAAGGUCAUUGCCAACCUCAAGUCGUUCGCUCUUCAGUGGAAAGCGGAACCGACAUUGGCCUACACGCAUCUGCAGAGCGCCCAGCCGAUUACUGUUGGUCGUCGCGCGGCCCAAUGGCUGCAGGAUCUGACCUUUGACUUGGAGGCUCUCGAGACUGUUCGGAAGAACCUCAAGCUGCGUGGUGCACAGGGAACCACCGGUUCUCAGGCCUCCUUCCUGGAGAUCUUCCAGGGUGAUCACGCCAAGUGUGAUCAACUGAACGAACUGCUCUGCAAGAAGCUCGGCUUCCCCGCCUGCUACGAUAUCUCUACGCAGACAUACUCACGCAAAGUCGAUCUGCUCGUUGCCCAGGCUGUGGCCGGCCUGGGAGCCAGUGCCCACAAGAUGGCGAACGACAUCAGACUGCUCAGCAACUUCCAGGAGGUUGAGGAGCCUAUCGAGGCUAAGCAGAUCGGUUCCUCGGCCAUGGCCUUCAAGCGCAACCCUAUGCGAAGCGAGAGAAUUUGCUCCUUGUCCCGUGCCCUGAUGGCCAAGCCGGCUUCUUUUGCCAACACCCUGUCUACCCAGUGGAUGGAGAGGACGCUCGAUGACUCUGCCAUUAGGCGCAUGGAUAUCCCUGAGAUGAUGCUCCUCGCAGAGGCCGUCCUUAUCGGACUGGACAACGUGACGGACGGUCUCGUUGUCUACCCGGCACGGAUCCGAAGCAGAUUCCUUGACCAGCUGCCGUUUAUGGUGACUGAGGCGAUUAUCAUGAAGCUUGUGGCCAAGGGCGCUUCCAGACAACAGGCGCAUGAGGAGAUCCGAGUUCUCUCGCGCGAGGCUGCCAGCGUCGUGAAGAUGGAGGGCAAGCCGAACGACCUGAUCGAGCGGAUCCGCAAGACCGAGUUCUUCCAGCCCAUCUGGGACGAGCUGGACACGAUGAUGAAGCCCGAGCUGUACAUCGGCCGCAGCGUCGAGAUUGUCGAGAGAUACUGCGGCGCCGGUGGCCCCGUGGAGAAGCUGCUUGCGCCGUACGAGCAGUACCUCGCCAAGUCGACCACUGCGCAGCUGAAUGUGUAG